AUGAGCCUGGGAAUGUGGCCCCCCCACCUUCGCCAGCCCAGUGCUGAGUCUGAACAAAAAAGACAAAAAAUACUAGCUGCAGGAAGAAAACUACUGCAAGUAUGCCAGCAGGAGAGUAGCAGUAGUGUACCUGCAAAAUCCAAGAGCAAGAACAAGAUGAAAGAGGGAGGUAACCCCAAGACAAACACCGCUGGGGACUCUACUUUACCCAAGGGUGCGGCCAAGAACCACGGGGACCCUGAGCCUCCCCCUCCCCUGAGCACUGUCAGAGCUGCCGGUGUCCAGAGUGCCAUAGGUCCCAACAACACCGACGGCAUGGAAAGGCACUGCCAACGCCUGAUGCUUGCCUUGCACUACAGCACAAGACACAACCAGCAGCUCUACAGUGAGCUCCAACAGCUAAAGCGGGAAAAGAAGGACCUGCAAGCUCAACAGGGGAAAGAAGAUGAGAAGAAGGCCUGUGUGUUCAAAGCAGCCAAAGCAGAUCUGGAGCAGCACAGGCUCUCCAUACAGAUGUUGACAUCAGAAAACCCCAGUUUCCAGUCUGCCCUGGCCCCCACGCAGCGGGUGGCCAAUGAAAGCGCCCUGGAGCCGGAGGCUCUCACCAGGUACCUGCAGGCCGCCCAGCAGCGGGUGACAGAGCUCGAGCUCCAGGUGUCUGCGGUGUCCACCAUGCAGAAGGAGACCGAGAACAACAACACAGAGCUCAUGAAAGCCCUGAACCUCGUGCAGCUGCAGCUCCAGGACAAGGCCAGAAGCUAUGAAGAUCUGGAGGACAAGAACACCAAGCUGCACAAGAGGCUGAAGGUGCUGCUGACACAGAAGGCUUACAUGAGGAGCCGAAUCCUCAGGGGCCAAGAGGCAUUGGUGGAGCGGGAAGAGUUGCAAAGACAACUCAAGCACAUGACAGAGUUGGUGACAGCACUAACGGUGGAGAGAGACACCUUUGCGGAGGCGCUGAGGGCGGAGAGCUCCGCGGGGAAGGAGAAGGUGCAGCAGCUCUCAGAGCAGGUGAGCCGCCUGAGAGAGGAGAGAGAGGAGGGGGAGAGGCGGGUGCGGGAGCUAGAGAACAACCUGGUGGAGCUGAGAGCGCAGCUGGCCGGGCUGCAGCCCCCGCAGCCCCCCACAGGGCCCUCGGAGGCUGAGCAGCAGCUGCAGGCCCAGGCCCUGCAGUUGCAGAAGGAGCUCAAGAGCCUGCAGGAGCAACUGCGCGGGCAGCUGGAGGAGAACCAGAGCCUCGGCCUCCAGAACCUGGAGCAGCGGCAACGGCUGGGCGUCCUGGAGAAGAAGGCCGAGGCCUGGGACCAGCACGCCGAGGCUCGGCUGAAGAGGAAGGCGCAGGAACAGGAGACCCAGAGGCGCAGGCUGGAGCUCAACCGAGAGCUGCAAGAGGAGUGGGCCGAGCUGCAGGACGCCGCGCAGAGGCUGCGCGCUGAGAAGGAGGAGCUCGCCCGCCUCCUGCGCGCCACGCAGCGAGGGAAGACAAGCCUGCGGGAGAAGCUGCGGGAGCUGGUGGAGGAGGAGGAGGGGGCCGGAGGCGAAGAGAAGGCUGAGCUGCAGAGCCAAGCGGCCGAGGCCCUGCAGGAGCUGCGUGACGAGUGCCUGGCCCAGGUGCAGGGGGCCACAGCCACCCGGGAACAGCACCGGGCCUCCCGCCGGCCGCCGACCUCCGAGCAGGAGGCCCUGCAGCAGCACCUGCGGACGCAGCGCCCCCUGCUGGAGCCGCUGACGCCGGCGCAGGGGCGGCCCGAGCGGCGGGCCCCGGGGGCAAGGGAGAAGGUCCAGGACGCCACCAGGCGCGACAACGCUCGGCUGCGGGCCCAGCUGAGCGCCCUGGCCUUCGCCAGCCAAGGGGGAGGCCCAAGCCAAGAAGGAGACGAGGGCGAGGAGGCGCCUCCCCCCGCCGGGACUGCCCCAGAGGACGGGGACAACCCGCCCGGCGUGUGGGGCGUUCCCGUGGAAGCGCCGUCGGCGGCAGAGCGCAGGAAGGCGAGGCUGCAGGCGCGGCAGGCCCGCGGCGGGGGCCCGAGCCAGCGGGCAGCCCAGUGCCCGAGCGCGCCGGAGCGCCAGGCCGCCCCCGAGCGCGGGCUGCAAGGCCUGCUGGGCGGGUGGAAGCGGGAGACACCGGCGCCUAGGAAGAACCUGCGCGGCGGCCUCCCCGAGGACCUGGCCGGCGACAAGGCGGACGCCCAGAGGCCCGUGGAGGACCUGCAGCCUCGCGGCAGCCAGCCGUCCCGACACAGGGCCGCCGUCGAAGACACCGUCGUGGGCUACAAAGAACAGAGGAGCGUCCUGGAGAAGCGGCGCCAGGAGAAGGACGAGUCGGAGGGGAAGAGGAGGAGGAGGAGGAGCCGAAGGAGCCGCCGCUGCGCCCCGCAGGCGAGGGCACGGAGGGCCAGGCCCCUGCCGCCCAGGUCCCCUCCCACCCCUCGGGCCCCCUCAAGACGGAAGUCGCGCAGGAGCAGCAAGAGUUCAAAGCCAUGCAUCUUAACGAAGAGUUGGGGCCUGGCCCUGCAGAGGCUGAGGCGCCCGGGCCCCUGCGGAACCCCACCGCGGAGCCCCCUGGGCUGCUGCUCCCUGCCCUCCCGCCCCCCCAAGAGCCCGCAGGCCUGGGGCAGGGACCCUGCCUCCCUUUCUUCUACAAGACUGGUAGAAAGGACACACUGGGAAUAA